UAGCAUAUUUUUGGCAUUGCCGUGUGUUCACUAUCGCCUGGCAACCCUUUCUGAUGCGCAACAGUUGUCAAAUUUGUGCAUCUGUUUUAUUUUGGAUGCUUUUUGGAUUUUUGCGGUAAUUGAAAUGGCUGAGACAUCUGAAAAGAAGUGGAGCCAUGAAAGGAAAAAGCUCCUUUUGGAAGUGCGUCUACGCCAUGAACCGGAUUUUUGUGCCAAAAAAAAGAAAAGGAGUGCUAUUUGGGAGCAAAUAAUGCGGGAGAUUAAGGAGGUCGAGGGCACAUUUCCCUUUUCAAGAGAUGAAGCAACCAGAUGUUUUAUAAAUCUAAUGGGCACAUACAAAAGAAUUAAGAAACGCAAUAACACAUCUGGCGAGAGUUCCACGAACUGGGAAUUUUUCGAUGUCAUGGAUGAGGUGUUUGGCAGCCGUAGUAGCGUUCAGGUGCCCAGUGAAAUGCUUGAAUGUUCUCUAGAAUCCUUGGUGGAAGAUUUGACAAGCGAUAGCCCGUUGACACCCACCGAUUCCCACGCGCCAAUGAACUUAGAUGCUACACCUUCAGAAAACACUACUCAAAGGUUUGCUAUAAAACGAAAACGAUGCGAAGUUCUGGAGUUUUUAAGUAAAGAGUCUGAGGCAGAUGCCAAAGUGAUGAAAAAACUCUUGGACAUCGAAGCAGAAAAAAUUGCGGUGGAGAAGGAGAAAGUAGCUGAGCUGAAGGAAAUCCGUGCCUUAUUUCAGAGAAUUGUAGACAGGUCUCAAUAA